CUGACAGGCACCCCAGAUGCAGAUAUGGCAAGUUUGCCGCCUGCAGUGAACCGCCACCACCGCCACUAGCAGCAACAGGUCCACACUGCUUUCAGCAGCCGUUACUGAUGAGGUGCUGCGAAAAGGAGGGGGCUUACUCCGCUGUCAUUGUCAUAUCACAUGUGCAGGAGUUACGAGUGGAACAGUCUGUGCAGAGGGAGACAGAGAGAAGUUUGUUUCACCCUCCAAGUUCUUGGAUGCAAACAAGGGCAACGCCAGUAGACUGAAGAAUAUUGCAGCAUCGGAAAACGGCUCCAGCUAUUAUGACUAAUGCCAGCAGGUCAUUGGACGAGCUUUGUCACCUGACAGCUCAGUCUCUGGUCUCCCUGGAGACCACGGAACACUUCCAGAUCAUCAAGAUGCUAGGGGAGGGUUCCUAUGGGCAGGUCAAACUGGCUGUCCACAAGAAGAGGGGGACUCCGAUGGCCCUGAAGUUUUUCCCUCGUGAGUCCACAGGCCUGCUGUCCUUCCUGAGAGAGUACAACCUCUCGCUGGCCUUCUGCUCCCACCCUUCCCUCACCUCCGCCCUGGGCAUUGCCUUCUCCACCCCUGAGCACUAUGUCUUUGCCCAGCAGCCCAGCCUCUACGGAGACCUGUUUGAUGUCAUCGUCUCUGAGGUGGGUCUGGGGGAAGACUGUUCCCAGCGCGUGGCCUCCCAGCUCAGCGGCGCCCUCUCCCACCUGCACCGUCUCGGCUUCGUGCACCGCGACCUCAAGCCCGAGAACGUCUUCCUGUGCGACCCGCAGUGCCGCUGGGUCAAGCUGGGCGACUUCGGCAUGGCCAAGGCUCGUGGCAUCAAGGUGCCCUGCGUCUGGUACAGCUCCGCCUACUGCACGCCCGAGAGUGAGAUCGUCCGCGAGACAGACGAGGAGGUGGAGGUGGACGGAAGCGGAAGCGAAGCAGGGACCAUGGCUCUGGAUGAGAACGGGAACCCAGUGGAGGUGGUGGUGGAGGUCAGGAGGCCCAAGAAGCAGGAGCAGGUGUGGGUGUCGGUGGAGCCCAGCACGGACACCUGGGCACUGGGAAUGCUGAUCUACGCCAUGCUGACGGGGGUCCAGCCGUGGGCGGAGACCGCCUCCGACUGCAGGGGCUACCAGCUCUACAAGGAGUGGGCCGACCACGCCAACGAGGAGAUGGGAAACAAGAACAUGAUGGAGGACUAUGAUGGACAGAUGAUCCAAGAGGAAGGUGAAGAGGAGGAGAUGGACAGAGAUAUGAAUGGCAACGACAAUAACAACAACAACAGUAGUAAUGUCAUCGCGUCACAGUUUACGUUCUUCACGCCGCUGGGCUGCUCCCUGUUCCUGUCGCUGUUGCACCCUGAUCCAGAGCUCCGUGGAGGGGCCGAGGAGGUGAUGGAGCACCUGGGCGGGUCCUGGCUCAGGGAGGAGGAGAGGAGGCGCAGGGAGGAGGAGGCCGCCAUCCGCAAACAGAGAGAGCUCAUGGAGGAGGACGACGAGACGGAGAGAGUACAGAGCAGAGACAGAUGAAAACGAACACUGAUGGAAAGAUGAACUGAUCGCGAAAGCUAAAUCUCAAUGCAUGUUUGACUUAUUAUGUACAGUAUUAUGUUGGCUACUGCGAUGUAUAACUACCUGUAGGGCAUUGUAGAGAAUAGAUAUUAUUUAUUUUUAUAUUUGCGCUUUUCUCUGCACUUUCAUAUAUCGACCAAAUUGUAUAUUUUUAUGAUUUCUAAUUAUAUCAUUAUUGUUAUAAGCUUGGAUGGCUUAGGUAUGUAUGUAUCUAUUGUACUUUUUGAAGCUUUUUGAAUAGUAUUUAUCAACUAUAACACUUUAAUAUUUAUAGCUUUGUAGCAUGGGGUCCUAUUAUACCACCCCAUUACGACAAUCUGCUGAGAAACAUAGAGAGCUGUUUAUUUGCCACUGUAUUCUACAUCACAACAUUGUGCUGUUACUGUGAACUGUAUUAGAUACUGGGAUUUUUACAGUUUUAGACUUUUGAUGACUUUGUAAAUAAUCUACAGUGUAUAGAUCAGUUCGUGAAGUCAGGAAAAACGACUACCGGCUUCCAACUUCAAAUGGAUUGAAUCAAAUGCAUCUGAUUUUACAUGAAAAAUCUCAUUCUUUUCCAGGUUUGGAGGUUGUUGUGCUGUAUGUGCAAUAUAAUUGCAAUGACUUUGCAGCAUGAUGUUGGUGGUGGCUUUGUUCAAUUUAUUCUUGCAAUGUGCUGUACAGUACGGUAUAUAGCCUACAAUAUGGGACAGAACCGCUAUGGAUAACAUGAUAGCCUGUUAUGCAAGGGAAGUAGAUUCUAUAACACAAUAUUGUGCUGUUGUAAAUUGUGUGUCAUAAUUAAAUUCUUGGUUAGGUAAGGAAUUCAUUGUUCACAUUUUUCAGGCGUGACGGACGUCUGAGCUUCAUAGUCGUUAGUAACACUUGUCCUGUGUGCAAUGCUUGUAUGUUAUUGCUUCGACUUCACAGUAUGUAUUGGUUGUGGCUUGUGCGUGUAUACACAAGUCCCCAUAGUAUAUAUCGAACGCAUUCUCGCAAUGUUCGGAAAUAAAUCAUCCGGGCUAUCUUUUGCCUUGGCAUUGGUAUCGCCGCA